AGCUUGACUGAUGUUUGUUUUGCCGGAGUAGUGGGUGGUCCUACCAUAGUAGCCGCGCCUGCUGCUUUGACAGCAAUAGCGUUCACCGCAGCAGGAGUUGCCGCGGGCGACACAGUCAGCUUGUGGCUUCAGGUAGUGCGUUUGCACUGGGCCAAAGCGCACCGGCCGCUGGAAUAGGCCUUUUCAUAGUGAUGGAUUGAAGCGAGGCUGAUGGUGACCUUGGCUUGAUACAAACCUUCCCGCUUUAUGUGGUCACGUGGUCAUGGAGGGAGGACGUGGUUUUACGACCUCCUGCUAUUUCGCUUUACUCUGUCUAUUUUUACGAACCCCAGCAACUGAUUACAGUUACUCUGAAAGUCCACCAACAACUGUGACACCCAGCAUCUCUGUAAAUCUACAUAUCCUAUCUAAAUGGCAAUGUAGCGAGGAACUUCUCAUACUUCCAUCUGGACCACGUGGCGGCCAUCUUGUUUUGGAGGGACAGCUUCGAAGAAUUAAGUACUUUUCCACUCGAAUUAGAUAUCAUACGAAUGGAAUUUCUACUUUUAAUCCAUCUGCCUUUAAAAUUAUACGCAGUGCCGAUGUUGAAACUAAUCUAGGCGAUGAAACUGUCAAUAUUUCGUCUUCCAAUGCAGGAUCUUCACCUAAAAGUCUUCGAUGUUUACUACUCAAUGCUAGAAGUUUAAGAAAUAAGGUUCUUGACUUGCAAGUCCUGCUGCUUGAAGAUUACUUUCCGGUGAUUGCUAUCACGGAAACAUGGCUUGAAUCUAGCUUCAUGGAUUUCGAAUUGGGUCUCAAUGACUACUGUGUUCAUCGCAAAGACAGACAAGAUCGUAGAGGUGGAGGUGUCUUAUUGGCAGUACAUGCGGAUUUACUUUCCAUAAGAACAAGGGAUCUGGAGUAUAAUGAUAAUAUUGAAACCAUCAUGGUGGAAAGUUGUCAGAAAUCAAAGGACAAUGUUCUUUUUGAAGUUUGCUACAGACCACCCAGUGCUGAUGUGGAGUAUUCUCUCAAAUUACGUUAAUGUCUGGAGAGAAUUGAGAUGACCAGAUUUGCUACCUGUUAUCUUGUAGGCGGCUUUAAUUUUCCAAGCAUAGACUGGCAUAGUUUAACUCCUACUUCAAGUGAUUUAUGUACUGUCGAUUUUUGUGACAUGCUUAAUGAUCAUUUUCUGGUAAUGUAAUUUCAAUCCAACAAGAAUGCUUAAUGCAACUGAUGACAAUAUACUUGAUUUAAUCCUGACCAAAACUCCUGACCUGGUUAGCGAUGUUGAGGUACUGACUGAUCACUAGAAAAUUAUAGAGGCAUUUCACUCUUAACUAUCUCUGGGAAAUGCCAGGAGAGAAUUGUGUACAAUGCUAUUUAUGAUCAAAUUGUUAGAUUCGUAUAUGAUUCUCAUCACGGGUUCCUAACUGGUCGUUCCUGCACUACUCAACUACUCUUAGUACGUCAUGAUUGGUUCAGAGUCUUGGACAAGAGAGGUCAAGUUGAUGUAGUAUUUAUAGACUUUUCAAAGGCUUUUGACCUUGUCUGUCAUAAUAUUCUAUUAACCAAACUUUACAAUUAUGGUGUCCAUGGAGACUUGCUAAAUUGGUGUAGAGAUUAUUUAACAGAACGUCAACAGCGUGUUGUAGUGAAAAGAGAGGCUUCCGACUGGUUAACCGUAACCUCUAGUGUCCAACAAGGUUCUUUGUUGGGACCAUUAUUCUUCAUAGCCUACAUCAACGAUUUACCGGGGGUAAUUAGUAAGGACAGUUCAAUUGCUUUGUAUGCUGAUGACAGUAAAAUGUAUAGGGUUAUUAGUACUCAAGAAGAUCUGUCUACUUUUCAAAGUGACAUAGAUAAAGUUUCAGAUUGGUGUAAGAUGAAUAAGAUGAGAAUCAAUACCAAGAAAUGUAAGAUCAUGCGAAUAACCAGGAAAAAGUCACCCUUAGCUGGGGAGUAUGAUAUUGAAGGUCAACCUUUGGAAAGUGUUAAUGUGUAUAAAGAUUUAGGAUUAUUUACUGCUAGUAAUCUUUCAUGGAACCAACAAGUAGAUAAAAUAACUGCUAAGGCUAAUAGGGUUUUAGGGUUGGUUAAGAGGACUUGUAGGGACUCAAAGGAUAUUGAUACCAUGAACACACUUUAUUGUAGUCUUGUGAGACCUUUAUUAGAAUAUUCAUGCGAAACUUGGAACCCUCAUACUAAACGUAACAUUGAUAAAUUGGAGGCUGUUCAGCGAAGAGCUACCAGAUGGAUCACUAGGUCUAAUGAUGAUUAUGAUAAUAGACUAUCUAAGCUAAAAUUGUUGUCAUUAUCUAAUAGAAGGUUCACUAGAGAUGUUACAUUUUUUUUUAAUGUAAUUAAUGGACAUUAUGAUAUUGACAUUUCAAAUAAGCUCAUAUUUUGUAAGGACAGAAAUACAGGUUGUAACUUGAGGAAAAAUGACACACAGGACCUUGUUCCAAAUUUUAGUAGAACUGAUGGUUUUAAAUAUAGUUUUUUCAACCGUAUUGUAAAUGAAUGGAAUAGUUUACCCAAUCAUAUUAGAGAAUCAAACAGUAUUGCAACUUUUAAAAACAAUGUUUUAAGCUUUAUUAAGGAUAACUAGUUAUUAUAUACAUACUGAGAAAUACUCACCAAAACUCACCAAAACUCACCAUCAGAGGAGCGAACGAUGGUUUUUACACGUGAAAAAAAUGAUACGUCCAAUCAGAAUCGCGAACGAUGUUUUUUCACGUGUGAGAAAAAUGAAACGUACAAUCAGAAGCCACAGAGGUGUGUGAGUUUCGCACCAAAAUUCCCGCCUUUUAUUGCAGCUUGCCGCGCCGCUUCGCACGCAUUCAACGAGAAAAGUUUUACUCAAAAAGUUUUUCUCGCUAAAAAAGUGAAAAACAUUUCGGAAAUAGAGUGGAAUAGUUUCGUUUGUUUCACUGUCGAUAAAGAAAACGGUAGAGAGCCGGCGAAACAACAGCGGAAAGGGAUAAACAGAACGAGACGUAAGCUUUUGUUGUGCUUUUUGUCGGAGCUACUUUGCCUUUCAUUUAAGCUUGAGCUUAAUUGAAACCUGCCAUUUUACUUAAAUUCACUCAUUUUCUAUUGUGCAUUGAGAACAAACGGUUAAGAUUACUUAUAGUUCUUGGAUUACCUCAUAUCCUCGUCGUCAUUUAUCUUUUUAACAAACGUUUUUACUAAUUUUAGCAUUUUUGAAAGAUUUAAAAUAAAAAAGCCGCCAAAAUGAUGAAUGUCUCAGUAUGUAUAUAAUAAACACAAUACCGCAUGGAAAGUGCUUUGUACGGUAUUUACGCACUCGUUGUUUUUGUAUCAGAAAUCUUACUCGUUCGCUGCGCUCACUCGUUCGAUUUCUGAUACGUCAACAACUCGUGCGUAAAUACCGUACGCCAGCACUUUCCAUGAAGUAUUCUCUAUAACAUUCAUAUUUCUAUUCGUAUAUAUUUUUCUUAUAUUUUAAUUAGUCGGGGCAUCUCUAGUAUGGCGCAUUGGCGCUUUUGGUUGUCUCCUUCUCCACAAUUUUUUUUUUCUUUUGGUAGUGUUAGCUUAUUUCAUUUCAUUAUUUGCUUGUAAUGUAGUGGAGUGAAUCUGUAAUAAUAAAUGUAAAUUAAGUGAUUCUUAUGCUAACUAGUAUUUUUCAAGGAUAAUUUCCAUAACAAAGCAAAUGUCGUUUGUAUCAAAACAAAGGGCGCGAUCCAUUCAACCAAAAUUCCGACCGGGACGACCGGGAAAAGUGGUCCACCUCAAAAGGUGGACCAGUUUUUUCGAAACUUUUUCGGUUGGACCGAACCGAUCCAUUGAGUUUUGGACCGAAAUUUCUGGAAAUUUUAAUUAGGUUGAAUGGAUCGCGCCCAAGGUCACCGUCAGCCUCGCUAGGGUAUUAAGCCACAACUGUAAAAUGGUCUAUUGGCAUGAAAGGUGCUGCAGGUCUUUUCUCAGCUGCUGCCGCAGGAACUUUUUAUGUGAGGAAGGAUGAAGAAUAG